UUUGGACUUGCAUCAUCAUGGCCAACAAGGUCACGCUCAGCAGCAAGAAGCUCAGCCUCGAGGAGCUCAGCUCCAUCGCGUUCUGCGGCGCCAAGGUCGCGAUCGAGGCCUUCGUGCCCGUCGCGCUCUCGCCGGCCGUCGCGAACAAGGCCGUGCCCCUCGCCGUGCCAGUGACCGCGGCGGCGUCGCUGCCCAAGGGCAUUGCCCGCGCGCUCCUCGUCGCACGCAUCAACUACAUCUUGAAGCACAGCGAGCUCCGGUCGCCGGCCGCGCUCGCGAUCGCUGAAUUCCUCGCCACGCUCCUCAACGACGACCACGUGCCCGUGCUGCCCGUGCCGACGUCGGCGUCGGACGCAGUCGAUGCGGCCGCGCUCGUUUUGCUCGACGUGUGUGCUGGCCGCGGUAGCGUCUACGGCACGGAUGGCAAGGCCAUUGUCGCCGUCUCGGACGUCGUCUCGAGCUUUCCGGCUGCGCUGGCGCCGAUCGAGAUGGCGACCUUUGCCCAAGGCAACGCGACGCUCGAGGCGAUCGUCGCCGCGACCGUGGCCGGCGCCAAGGGCCUGCUGCCGAUGGCCGACGCCGUCGCUGCGCUGACGUGUGAAGUGCGCCACGCGCAGACCGCGCCGUUCAACGUCGAGUUCCUCGAUGCGAACCGCCCGCACCGCGGCAUCAUCACGUCGGCGACGCAUCUGCGCGUCAUGCUCGAUGGCUCCAAGGCCACGAACGCCAACAGCGACAGCCAGGACCCGGAUGCGAUCCGCUGCAUUCCGCAGUACCACGGCCCUGCCCGCGACACGAUUGGCCAGGCCGCCAAGGCCAUCGAGGUCGAGCUCAACUCGGUCGACGCCAACUUGUACUCGACCGACCGCGACGGCGUCGGCGCCUUCCACCCCGAGCUGCUCAAGACGUCGCUCUCGAUGGUGCAGGUCGCGCUCCAGUCGCUCGCGCAGGGCGCCACGGACCGCCUCUCGCUGCUCAUGCACACGGCGAUCGCGCCCGCGGACUUUAAGGACCGCACGCUCCUCUCGACGUUUGAGUUUCUCCAAAGCACGGUCGGCGUCCUCGAGCACGAGCUCAAGGUCGCGCUGCAGGCGAUUGCCGACGCCGACGCCGACGCCGCGAAGAGCAACGCCAAGGCCAAGGGCCCGACGCUCAGCGCCGCGGCCAUGCAGGCGCUCGCCGAGGCCGAAGCCAAGGAGGACGCCAAGAUUGCGGCCAUGCCCGAGGCGCAGCGCAUCAAGGUGCUGGAGAAGCGCCGUCUCAAGGCCGAGAAGGCCAAGGAGAAGCAGUCUAAGAAGGCGGCCAAGGACGAGCUGCUCUGGGGCGCCGGCACGACCGAGCUCCGUGCCUUCUUGGCCGAGAACGCGAUCUUGACGCCGUUUGAUUUCCGUCCCACGAGCUUGUACUUCUUCUUGGAAGAGAUGUACGCGCGCCUUGGCGCGAUGAACGGCAGCCAGCGCCGCAAGCCCAAGGUGGCCAAGGGCGCGCAGGACUUUCUGCCGCACCAGAUGCAACUGCGCGAAGAGAUCUUCCACAAGAUCCGCGCGGUCUUCAAGCGCCACGCUGGCGUCGAGAUCGAGACGCCGGUCUUUGAGCUCAAGGAGACGCUCACGGGCAAGUACGGCGAAGACUCGAAGCUCAUUUACGACCUCGCCGACCAAGGCGGCGAGCUCCUCGCGCUGCGCUACGAUCUGACCGUGCCCUUUGCGCGCUUCAUGGCGCUCCACAACCCGGGCAACAUCAAGCGGUAUGCGAUUGCGCGCGUCUAUCGUCGCGACAACCCGCAGAUGGCGCGCGGCCGGUUCCGUGAGUUUUACCAGUGCGACUUUGACAUUGCCGGCACGUAUCCGCUCAUGCUGGCGGACGCCGAAGUCAUUUCGAUCGGCAUCGAAGUGCUCAAGGAAUUCCCGCAGCUCGGGUCGUUCAAGAUCAAGCUCAGCCACCGCAAGCUCCUCGAUGCGAUCCUCUCGAUCUGCGGCGUGCCCGAAGACAAGAUCCGCACCACGUGCUCGGCCAUCGACAAGCUCGACAAGGAGUCGUGGGAGACGGUCCGCGCGGAAAUGGUCGACGAAAAGGACGUGGCGCCCGAGGUCGCGGACCGCAUCCAAGGGUUUGUGACCCAAGUCGGGUCGCCCCGGGACCUCCACGCCAAGCUCGUGGCCGAGAAGCGCUUUGGCGCCAACGCGCCGGCCGCCGAGGCCAUGAAGGAGCUCUCGCUGCUCUUCGACUACCUCGAUGCGAUGGGCGUCUUGGAGUAUGUGUCGUUCGACCUCUCGCUUGCGCGCGGCCUCGACUACUACACGGGCCUCAUCUACGAAUUCGUGCUCACGGGCUCGAACGCUGGCCAGGUCGGCUCGAUUGCCGCCGGCGGUCGCUACGACAACCUCGUCGGCAUGUUUUCGGCCACGAACGCGCAGAUCCCGUGCGUCGGCGUGAGCAUGGGCAUUGAGCGCAUCUUUGGCAUGCUCCAAAAGCACGCGGAAGAGACGAACGCGGCGGCGAAGGCGCCGGCGCAGGUGCUCGUCGCGCAGACGUCGAAGGAUCUGCUCUUGACGCGCCUCGGCGUGUGCAAGGACCUCUGGCAGAGCAACAUUGCGGCCGAGAUCCUCCCGAGCGAGAACCCCAAGUUUGUCAAGCAGCUCCAGUAUGCACUCGAGGCUGGCAUCCCGUACAUGGUGGUGCUUGGUGAAGACGAGCUCAAGAACGACUGCGUCAACGUCAAGGUGCUCGCGACGAAGGAAGAGUUCACGGUGCCGCGCGCCGAGAUGGUCGCGACGCUCCUCGCGCACGGCUGCAAACGCACCAACGUUGUGCAGUGGUAGAGAGAGUAGCGAUCAAAAACGAGACACAAUUCCACCUCUACACGUUGGUUCCAUCUCAUGGCGUCGAAACCACUGUGUGAAUUUCCAC